AUGACAACACAUAAAGAUGGAGUUAAGCGAGAUAUCACAGACAUGGCUAUGGGUGGAUUGGCAGCGAUGUUUGCAACUAUAUUUACAAACCCAAUAGAAGUUGUCAAGACUCGGCUUCAAUUGCAAGGGGAGCUUGUAUCUAAGGGCAAGCAUGCUGUGUAUUAUAAGAAUGUACCACACGGAUUAUAUGUCAUAGCAAGAACAGAAGGAGUUAUAGCUUUACAAAGUGGACUACCAGCCAUGUUAGGAUUUCAAUUCUUUUUGAAUACAUUUAGGUUAGGAGUAUACCGUAUAUGUGAGAGGAGAGGUCUAAUAACAAAUUCAGAUGGUCACACAUCAUUAGUUUGUGGGGCACUUGCAGCAGGCUUUGGAGGUGGCAUGGGGUCUAUUGCUGGAACUCCGUUCUUUCUAGUAAAAACCAGAUUACAGGCACAAGCUUCUAAGACCAUUGCUGUUGGACAUCAACAUCAGCACAGUGGCACUUGGAAUGCAUUGACACAUAUAUUCCACAGAGAAGGGGUAAAAGGUCUAUUUCGCGGCGUGGGACCCCAAAUUCCCCGUGGUGCAGUGGGUAGUAGCUCGCAAAUGGUCAGCUUUGCAUACGCAAAAGAAUGGUUAAAGGAUCAUAACUUAUGCAAGUCACCACUACUUCUCUCAUUUAUGGGUGCCAAUCUAGGUGGCAUUGUGAUGACACUUUGUUUAAACCCUUUUGACGUCAUGGCCACUAGACUUUCUAAUCAACCGGUGGAUGCCCAAAACCGUGGUACAUUAUAUAAAGGUAUGGGAGAUUGCUUCAUUAAAAUACUUAAAUCUGAAGGGGCUGGAGCGUUCUACAAAGGCAUUGAAGCAAAUUAUAUGAGACUAGGCCCACACACGGUGCUUUUAUUGGUUUGUUGGGACCAACUUAAAAUAUUAGAAGAAUACAUAAGAUGA